UUCUCAAUUUUGUGCUCACUGCAGGCACUUAUACUUUUUUUUGUUGAUGUUGAAUAAAACAAUUAAAAUCGCCACUCUAUUGGAUAAGUCUUGGCGAUUAAAUAAAAUAGGGAUAGAAUAUUAGUGAAUUGUGAGCGGUAUUGUGUACAAUUUGUUGGUUGAAUCAAUAUCUUGUAGUUUAUUGAUAGCACCUCAAGUUAGAAUUACCUUUAUGGAUUCUUGUGUCAUGAUAAUUUUCCGAAUUUUCACCUUAUUCUCUCUGUGUUCAACGUGAAAAUAAGAUUUUUGUACGCUUUGAUGAGCUUUCAGAGCUUCCACAUUGUCAAAAAAAAAUGUGUGACUUGCAAACGUGCCUCGUAUUUGAGUAAAGUUCGACGGUAAAGUUACUAAGAGCUAAAAAAAGCAUUUGUAGAAAGCGCAAGGACUUUCCUAAGAAAAAAAAGUCCUCACUGUGUUUGUGAGUUGAAGAGUGUAUUCCUCAUGUUCGCUAAGACAGUAGCGAGCAUGUAAAUGUCUUAAGGAUUCACGUUUAUUGACUAUUCUUUGCGGUUUGCUGGAAAAUCGAAAAAGGGACCAUUUGUGCUACGGUAGCCGCCCUCGUGUGCAGCAUGAGGUAGUGAAGAAAGCAAAAACUCUCCGAGGAAAAUCAAAUGUGUCUCAGUGGAGCAUUUUUUGUCAUUUAUGUGUCUCCUUGUUGAUUAAAUAAUAUAAGUUUUCAUUUGUACAACAUACAUUUUCAACGAUUAGAGCACCGGCUUGAAUAAUCUCAUAUGUGUUGCGAGUGAAGUUUUCCCACCGAAAAUGGCGCGUGGACCGUGAUAAGAAAGUCAAACAUGGAGGUCCACCAGGCGUCUCCAUCGCGUAUUUCAGAUGAAGAAUUCCUAAUGUAUUUUAGUGAAAUUAUACAUUACGUUUGCAGCUGAUAAGCUCUCAAAAUCGCAUUAAAAUAAGUACCUAGCGGAUAAACUUUCAAUAAAUUUAUAUAAACCUACCACAUAUAGAACUUUAUGGAAGAACUAUUUACAAAUGAGUUACAAAAGUAAAUUGAAAGUUUUUUUUUGAAAUUUUGCGUACACGCGUGGUUUCAAUGUGCUAUGAUAAUGGCGUAAAAAGUUUGCCACAGACGAGGAAAAGUAGAUAAGCCUAUUACAAGGGGAGGGUAGUUUAUUUGAUUCACUGCCAAGUGGAUUUGUGAGACGUGCAUCAUUCAACAGGGAUGGAGGAGCAGCAGCAACCAGAGACCACGAGUAAGAAGCAAAAGCGUUUGGGACCAGCUCCCAUUGCUUCGGUGGAGGAUAUUGGGUCGUCGGAUGAGGUGAGGCAAAAAAUGGAAAGUAGUGGAUCUGGGGAAGGCCGUUUGCCUGAAAUACAAGAACAUCCAACGACUGCAAGUGGCCUUAAGGGCCCUUCGACCACAUCGAAAACUGCUGGUGGAUCGAAUUUAGGUAUUUUUGCGUCACAUCCCCCAAGGAUAGACAUCAGCAGAGCCUCUAGUUCUUCUCAUCAAGAUAGUCGCGACAGCAGCCCCGAAAAUGUAUUUGAGCAGAUCGGCACAGGGACACUUCAGGAAUGCGCUCCUAUUGGGUUGGGCUUCGGUGAGGAAGGAGCCUUGGAAUUGCGAAGCUCUACGGAGGAGCUCUACUUCAUGGAGCCGGAAAAGGGCAUGACAGAACGUGAAAAACCAUCACAACAGGGCUCUCAAUCACCGAUUUUAUUCAAAUUCGAUGAGCAACAGCAAGCAUGCCUACAGCAAAACCAGAGAAAAGAUUCAGCUAGUUCGGAGGUGGCUGCAUUGCUUUGUAUUUCUGGGCGAACUAGUCGAAUCUCAAGUGUAGGAAGUCAAGGAUCAGCAGCAAGUCGUUUGUCGGCUGUAUCGGGGGUUUCUCGGUCUCCAUCGCCUCAUCGGAUGCUGCUUGAAACCUCAUUUUGUGGCCCUAAGCCCCUAGAUGGACCGAUUGAGGGUGGAAUUGUAAUGAGUGCUGAACCACCAACUGUUGAAACUUUGGAGCAGAUAAUUUUAGCACGAAAGCAAGAUCCGACGCAGGCUGUUCUUGCUGAGGGUAUCAAAAUUGAUAUAUCCACACCAAAGAGAUCAAAUGCCAAGUCAAAUGGGGCCAUUAUUGAGUCUACAGCAAAACGGAAAGAACCCUUAAAGACUGUACCAGCAGCCGGAAGUAGUGUCAUCCGGGGUGCUCUUGCAAAGAAGACUGCUGCUGCUUUUGGGCGUCGUGAGCCACCAAAAGCAAUUCUAGGUGUUACAAAAAGUGGUACAGAGUACAUAAGAAUUAAACUCAAGCCAGAUCACCUGUAUGAAGACAAUGGGCUAGCUGCAAAUGAGACUGUGAUUAAUGCUCCACUGUCAGAGGUGCUCAAGAAACCCCUUUCACUGAGCCUCAAAUCACAAGAUACCAAGCAAACAGACGAAAUAUCUCGUCAUCCAGAACAAAAAACACUGGCCUCGCCAAAACCAGCACGACACACCGCCCUAGCGAGAGAUUCAGGUAGUCGAUCGCCGUCACCAGCAACGGUUACUAUAUCACGAAAGAGUUCCUUUUGUUCGUUGUUUAAAUCAAAAGAAGUAACAGGGAGCCCAGAAUCCCCAACGGGUAUCCAUCGGAAGAAGAGCAAAGAGCCCGAUGAUGUCACAACACCAAGUAGGGCACGUUCCAAAAGUGGAGAUCGAGGAACACCCCAAAUGUCAGUGACGCCAAGUAAGCAAAAAUCCGUACUGGCGAUUUUUAAGCCUCGACGCAGUGGCUCUAAAUCUAAAUCCACAUCACCCGUGGAGCCAGAGUUGGGGUCAGAAAUUGAAAUGACAAACGUGGAAUUCCAGUUUCAGACCUCAAAUCAACCACCACGACCAAAAAGUAGACUCCGCUACUACGAUACACCUCUGGAUGGCAAUACAAUCCACAUUCCUCUUCAUACGCCCCCAGAGGAGAAGGAUGACUUUCGAUCACUACCUCCCCCGAAUCUAACUUCGACAUUCGCCUCAGUCAAAAAACCCAUCCAUGAAUCCAUCCAUCAUGCACCACUGCCUGAGAAAAAGAAAGAAAUUGAGAAACCUCAGCAAAUUGAAUAUCCAGACGGAAGUAUUCGUAUACCAUUGCACUCGCCCACAGAGGAUAAGGAACGAGAAAGUUUAUGGAGUGUUGAGGCACAGCGUCACAGUAGUCAGGAGAGUCAGGAAACUGUUAUCUCAACGCAGAUAACAUUGGAAAAGCCAAGAAAGGUAUCAAGACCCUCACUUACGGAAACAGAACCGUUGCAUGUUGUGGAAAAUGGCAGUGUAGUUAGUGCGGAAGUACGUCCACCUCCAUCAGCUCCACCCCCAACUCCAGCAGCCUAUACUGCCCCAACAACACGUGAAAAGAAGCACAUUGUCUUCACAACCAAAAUCGGUAGUGGAAGCGAGGAACAACUCUUUUGCACACAGUUUAGUCUCUCCAAAACCGAGAGUCUGUCGAGUCAGCUCUCUGAGCAGGUGUCUCAAAUUGAGAGUCCUAAAGAAGCUCCCGUAGGACCACCAGGGAAGAGUGAGUCAAUGAAAAGGGAAGAAACUCCUCCAAAAUUAGUAACUCUAAGACGCCAAAAGGAUUCCUCCGAGGAAAGUAGGAGAAAGUCAAAAAGCAGUAGUCAGUCUACCGAAUCGAUUAAGGAGGAACCAGUUGCCACACAGUGUUCAGUUACUGUCCAAAUGCCACAGCAGUCUAAAUUACGCGAAGAAGCCAUUAAUACCCACAGGCAUUCACGAUAUAUUGAAAAUAUCGAUCAGAUCAUGGAGGAACAGCGGAAGAUUCACGUUGCAAUGCAGCAGAGUAAAAAACUUGAUCCACCAGUUGAAGAAGAUCCCGUCAAACAAUAUACUGAAACUCCAAAAUCUCUGUCAAAGCCAUCCUCAGCUGAAGAACCACAAAAAGAGGAAGCAGUGAAGGUGGAAAAAAUUAAAAAAGAACAAAAAUCUGAAGAUAGUGUGAAAAAAGAACCCAGUCAUAGAUUGGAUUCUCAGCGGGGUUCCUCUGAGAGUGAUCGGGAUGAUGUCACGGAUGUCACGGAAGAACGGGGAAAGCACCAUUUAGCACGGAGUAUGGCAGAAGAUCAUGAAAGUGCUGGACUUGUAUCUCAGGAGUCUUACGAUGAUGAACUGCCCUACGUGCCCACAACACUGCCCGAGGAACGUUCCAUGGGUGUAGUUAUAAUCCCGAGCAAGGAACGUGCUCACAUGGAAUUGCGGAUGUGCCCUGUUGAGCGACCACGUUCAACCACACCAAUCAACCCCAGCUGCCUCGAAGAGUACUGCGGUACACCGGGACCUGAAACACCGGAACCACCGACACCAAAAUUACGAAUUUCAUUGCCCCGACGAGACUCUCGCGGUGAAAUGAGAGGCUCAAAAUCCAAAUCGCCACGUCGAAUUUCAACUCCAUCUGGCAAGAGUUGGUUUGAAUUUGCCGAACAAGGCAUAAAGGGUGCUGUUGGGGACACUUCCAGGAGAAGUUCCGGACAACCAGAUGAUGAUACGCCACCACCACCAUUACCACCACGUAAAGCUCAAGCACCAAAUCAGUGGAUAAACUUUGAAAAUAUACCGGAAAAGAGAAAACCCCCGAAGAGAAUUACUACACUACCCAGUGCGAAAGAUUCCCGAAGUAGUACACCCCCACAUCAAGUUCACUACACCUACGUAAAUCCAGAAGAGUGUCAGUGUGAGUGUCAUGAGUCAGAACGCGAUGGAGCAUCCGUACACAGGCCAACGGAAUCUGAAGAGGAAGAACAAGGUCCUCCGGAAGAUACACAACCCCUUUUGGAUGAAGGAGAACCAGGGGAAGCUGAAGGAAUCAGCGAUCCCUCUAUGGAACAUUUGCUGUCCAGCAGUCGCUCAUCUGGACGUGAAAAGCCCUACUCAAGCAAAUAAAUGUAUACACCUGCAGAGAGGGGGAUUUGGUAAUAUUUACUAUGUAAAGAAAAGCUAAUUUUUGUGGACUCACUCAAUACACUUCUUCAGUGCUUUUUGGGAGCUUUUACUACUUCAUCUUUCGACGUGCAUUCUUUUCCUGUUGGGUCAAAAACUAUAUAAAAUGUACUUUUAUGGAUAUAUUUCAUUUGAGAGAUAUUUGAAAGGAGAAAAAAAUAUCUGUGAUCCGUGACAGAAUAAUCCUGAAUCCAUCCUGAAAAUCCCUUAUAUAAAAAAGUCACAUGAAAAAAAAUUCUUCAUAAAAUUCCUCGUCAUUAACAUACUGAAACUUUGCUUUUUUCACGUCCUUUUCUUAUCUUCUAGCAACAAACACAUACAAAAAUUUCUAUUAUUAUAAAAUGGAACAAGACAUAAAAAAUAUUCAUGUUGUAGAAUAGCUAAGUGAAAAAAAAUUAAUAAACAUAAACCUUUACAUAAAAGGAUAUCACGUAGAAAUUCCUUUUUUAUAGAUAAAUUUUAUUAAAAAAUAUUUUAAAAAGAAAUUUUUCAAGUUGUUCUGAAACAAUCAUUAAAUCCUAAGAAUGGUGUCAAGAUUAAUAAAAUAAUUAUUAUCUGAAAAAAAAAAUCUAAGGAACAACUUAACUAACAUUUUCGACCUUUUAUCUCUCGAUGUGCUGCAUAAGCGUUAGAAAAAUACAGAAAAAAUCACAUCAAAAUUUAAGAGGUAAAAAAAUAAUAUAAAAAUUAUCAUUAGAAAAAAUUGCGCAAUAAAUCUUUUCUUUGAAGUAUUAUAUAUGGAAAAUUCGUAAAAUUAAGAAAUGUAAUUAACAUUAAAGAAAAACUCAAAAAAUUUAAUAAAAAUAAUAAAUUAUUUUUUUGAAAGAAAUCUUAUGAUUGGGAGAAAUAUUUAGAUAAUGACAAAUCUACUAAAUUAUAAUGCUGUUUUGUUCUGUUCUGUUAUUCCUUUUUGUUAAAUAUGAAAAUGCAAAAAAAUAAAUGAAUAAAACGGAAGCACUACCUAUAUUAUAAUCCGCUAAAAUCGCUUAUUGUUUUAAAGGGGUCGAAUAUGAGAUUUAGACUAAAAUUUGUGAUUUUUAUGGGAUUUGAGCUGUUUCAAUAAGAGGUGGAGAAGAAUUUAUUUAAGUCUUAUUUCUUUUCUAGAGCAUAAUAAUAAUGAGCAUUUAAUGGGAUUGCAAAAAAGAGAAGAGUCUAUAAAAUCUCCAAUUUUAACCCAAAUCUCAAAUCCCCUUCAAAAUUAUUAAAAUAUAUAUUAUAUUAAUAAAAUGAAAAGAAAAAAAAAACGAAGAAAACAUGAUGCAAUAAAUGUUUAUCACGGGUUUCCCAUAACGUUCGACGAGAAAACUGAAAUGUAUGUACUUUGGUAUGUGAAGAAAACUCCAUUCAAUGUGAAUUCACAAUUCUUUUAUCGCCACGAAGGGUGGUGGUUAGAGAAAUCACAAUAGAAGGAUUCUCUGUCCCCUCUUUUGUUCGACAACCAAAUUCAAUUGGUUUGUCGAGGCAGAAAAUAGCAUGGAGAUGCGAAGCACUUUCUUAGUGAUUUUCUCGCCACUCUGGCUUUUUUUGUAAUAACAUUUAAAGAAUAUAAAUCACUAAGACGAAUUUAUCAUUAAAUUGAGAACAAAAGAAUGAUAAAAAAUUAUCAAACUUGAAGAAAAUCUUCUUAACAAUUCAUAAAAUAAAAUCAACUGUAAUUGUACCACAUUCCUCAAAAAAAGUGUUCUUCGAGCGAACCCUCUUGUUAGUAGAUCUUUAAUUAAAAAAAAGGUAAACCCAAAAAAAGAUUACAAGCGAUUGUAAAGUAUUUUAAAUCCUAUAGAAAAAACUUAAUUUAAAAAAAUAAUGAUGAGGAUUUGAAACAUUUGAACACAUAUAACAAAAAAAAAGAAAAAUAUAUAUUUAUGAACAUUUUGUGAUUGUUAAAAGUAUUUAAGACAAAUCUUAUUUCAUUAUCUCAAAUAUUGACUCAUAAAACAUAACUUAUAUUGUAAUGAAAAGAAAUACAAAUAUUAUGGAAAAAAAUCAUUAUACUCAUUACCAAUAGAAAAGUUCAUAAAGAAAACAUAUGGCUAUUCGCGAAGAAAUGUAUAAGAAAAGGACAUUUGUCAGGAGAAUCAAUAAAAUCAUGAAAAGAUUGCAA